UGUGGGAAGCACCAGAAGUGAACACUGGGCGACCCGGAAGCGCUGCAGCGUGGAGGCACACAGAAAGAACACCGAGGUCUUUUAGGUUUUAUUAAGCUUCUCCUGCGAGGGAAACUGCAGUCCGAACACAAGGCAUGGCUGAGCCUCGAUUCAAUAAUCCGUAUUUCUGGCCACCACCUCCAUCCAUGCCUGCUCAGCUGGAUAACCUGGUACUAAUCGACAAGAUCAAAGAGCAGCUGAUGGCAGAAAAGAUCAGACCUGCGCAUUUGCCACCCACCACUGUUCCCUCUCAGCAGACGCUGCUGGUGGCCUCACAACCCUCCGACGCUGCGCAGCACAUGAUGCCAAUCCCCAAACUGCAGCAAGUUCCGAGCCUGCAAGCCCACAACUCAACCCAACCCGAUGUCGCCCUGCAUGCCCGCCCAGCCUCCAGUAGUGUUCCAGCAGUGAUAAUGGGUGGUGAUUUUCUUUCUGGUGAUCAAGAGGUGACCAUGGACGACAAGUCAGCUGUGAAGGCUAAAGGAUUAUGGGAAGACUGGCACAUGCGCCAAGCUGUGGAUCAGGCUGUUAGAGCAAACCAUCGUUCAGGUCUAGUACCUACUUCUCGUGCAGACAGUCACAGCACAUCACAGGCCAUGACAUCCACCACCACAUCCAGCAGUCAGAGCCGACUAGGAGCAGCAUCCUCUCUGAAUGUCAUCUCAGGCCUGGCCAGUGCCCCUGGCAUAGAUCAGGUGAAGAACGCAGGCUUGGCAGGUAUGCUGGGGCCUCAGCCCAAACCCUUACGUGGACGCAAGAAGAUCAAAGCAGAGAAUACCACAGGCCCCCUGCUGGUAGUGCCCUACCCAAUUCUGGCAUCUGGCCCCGACCAGUCAGUCACCAUCGCAAAAGAGGGGAAAACUUACAGGUGUAAAGUAUGUCCACUCACCUUCUUCAACAAGUCAGAGAUGCAGAUCCAUUCGAAGUCCCACACGGAGGCCAAACCGCAUAAGUGUCCUCACUGUUCCAAGUCUUUUGCCAAUGCUUCAUAUCUAGCUCAACACCUGCGGAUUCACUUAGGAAUCAAACCUUACCACUGUUCCUACUGUGAGAACUCUUUCCGCCAGCUCUCUCACCUGCAACAGCAUACCAGGAUUCAUACUGGGGACAGACCUUAUAAGUGUGGCCAUCCCGGAUGUGAAAAAGCAUUCACACAGCUGUCGAAUUUACAGUCCCAUCAGAGGCAACAUAACAAAGACAAGCCGUACAAGUGCCCGAACUGCUACCGUGCCUACACAGACUCGGCCUCCCUACAGAUCCACCUGUCAGCCCAUGCCGUGAAAAACGCUAAAGCCUACUGCUGCAGUAUGUGUGGCCGCGCAUACACAUCAGAGACCUACCUUAUGAAGCACAUGUCCAAACACACAGUGGUGGAGCAUCUGGUUAGCCACCACUCUCCACAGAGAACAGAAUCUCCCAGUAUCCCCAUACGUGUCUCUCUCAUCUGAGCUUUGCUUUGCUCUUCCCUUUACCUCCUCAUCUUAUUGUGUGUGCCAGACUGCUCUUCUGUUUAGAAAAAAAAGAAGACAAAGGAAUAGACAGUACUGCGGUCCUGAAAAGGACACUUGUGUCUGCCAUACUCUUUGCUUUAUUUAGCAGUUUAGUGAAAAUUAGUGUAGCGGCUCGACUGGCUGCCAUCUCAACACCAGGUGUCUGCUGCUGAUUCGCCUCGGACACUAGUCUAACUGACAUGCAUUCCAGAAACAGAUCGACAGAGCGUUUUCCAUUAGUUUGUUCUCAUAUUAUGUUACUGAGGGUGUAUUAGGAGGCAUCCAAAGAUAAGCUUUAAGCACUUUCCAGUCUUUGGGGUUCAGCUUAAAUGUUUGAAUUUUCAGACAGAACGUAAGGCCUUGUUUUGGGGCUGACAGUCUUUUAGUGUUGGUCAGUUUCUGUCUCUUUUUACAUACAGUAUGGCACCAUCAGGUUUUACAGGGUUAUGUGUUUAGUGUUAGUGUGGAUAUGACAGUGCCUCCACUUUAUGUUUCUUUUAACCAUCGAUAGACAGAUAUCAGAUAUUGGGAUAAAAAUGACAAGUAACAUAUUAAUCAUUUUUUUUCUCGAUAAAAUGUUGUGGUGUGUGUGAACUUGGCAAGGGAUGAUUUGACCUAGAAAUGGGAUUCAUGUGUGGGAACAAUGUCAGUGUGUUCAGAGAACACCAGCGAUACACUUGGUGAUCAGUUUUUAGCUUUCUUUAUUACGUACAAACCUUACGUAACCAUUUUACCCACUUUUCAUAAACUAAAUUGUAGUAGGUGUACACCAAGGUUAUGUGGUAAGAGUUCCUUUUAUUUUUAUACUAUCUCUUAAAGGCAUUUUUCUAUGGAGGUUCUAUAGAAAAUGUACAAAGAGCAUCAGUAUGACCAGAUGCUCUCUAAAAUAAUCUCUUAUAUGAAAUACAUCACAGAUGUACCAUGUAUACUUUUUUUUUUGUGUGCAAUGUCAUGGAAAUUGGUUUGAUUUCCUGAUCUGUCCUUUAGGCCAAUCCUAAUGUUGUGAGGAAAAGCUAUCAUUUUUAGCACUUCAUCAUAUGACAUUACACUGUCCAUUAAAUGGGCUGAUGUAUUGACACGGUGUGGUUAAAAGUCAGGGGUGUAUACUCAUGAACUCUUCUUCAUCCCUGUAAAAACAAGUAAUGUAGAAGCACCUUGACAAAUGAGUGAGAAGCUGCAACUAGUCAUGGGUCUUUUAAAUGAUUGUCAUUAUUGGGGAUUUGAGGACAAAAAAGCAGCAGCCCUGCGCUGGACUUUGUAGUACUGAUCCCUAAACUUUAUAGAAAAUGCCAGUGAUGCAAAAAUCCACCUGUAAAAGCUUUAUAAGUUUUGUCUAGUUUCAAAAGAUCAGCUAUUGUGGCUCAUAGUGAAGGUGUAUUGUAAUGUGCUCAAAAAUAUAUUCAGUAAUUUAGCUGUCAAUGUACUUUGAAUCAGAACGAGUACAAAAAAUGCUUCUUUAAAAAGCAGCUACAGUAUUAAAAGGGAGUCGCUCAAACAAUAUGAAGUACGCAUAAGAAUGUAAUUGUAAAUUUAAAAAGUCGUUGCGAUAUUUGGCAUUCAGUUAGAUUGUUUCGGUUGAGAUAUGUAAGAGCGUAUAUUUGCCCUGUACCAGCUGCCCAGCGUGCUAGUAAAAUCUCUGGGCAAACGUUACUGCCUACAAUAUAGACUAUUACAUGUGUAUGAUUACAAUUUAAAUUUGCUGCAACAGAGAUUUACAUACAACAUAUUAACCACAAUCCUAGUAUGACCAGUGUAUUUCGCAAAUUUUCUGAUGAAUAUUAGCACAGUUUCCCUGAAUAUUAAAUAAAUGAAAUAGACAUUUGCUUUACAGCUAGCUUUAUAGGGGAAAGGUAUGUUAAAGCUCAUCCUGGCUUUAAUCAAGUAUAAAUAAUGUCUGAUUAGUGUAAAGUGCAAAUGUUUAGUAUUCAGUAUUAAUUUUUCCAAGAAAUUCCCCUGAACAUGGACCCAUAGAGAUUGUUUGCAAAUGAAGGUGAUUUUAAAUAAUAAUAAUAAUAAUAAUAAUAAUUGUGAAGUACAUGAAUUUAUAGAAGUCGAUUCAUAAAAUAAAAUGACCAAAACAUUUUUAGUGUCACACUGUCGGUUCAGUAAAGCAGUUGUAGAAUCCUGACGUUUCAUAGUCUUCUCAAAGUGAUUUGCGUUGUCAAACACUGCAGCAACUUCACUUACAGGCUUUUUUUUUUAAUCAUCAGUCAUACCAUACCAGUCAUUUGUUAAGCUCAUACUGUUUAAUUUGAGAACAUAAGUAACUGCCAGAAAGUUUUUAUCAGUGUAAUUAAUGUGUAAUGUUCUCCUUAAGUUCUUUAUUAUUUCAUAUGUGUAUAGGUUUCAUUAGUUGUUGCUUCCAAUGUUCCAAUAGGCCAAAAUUACAGUGGUCUUAAUAAGGAUUUGUUCAGUUUACUGAUUCAACAGAUUGUCAAUUAAAAAAAACAAAAAAAACUUAAGUAGCCCAAAGUUGCUUUCUAAUUUCUUUGAGGUUUAAAAACUCAGCAGAGGAGUAAUGUUUUUGACUGUGACUUGUCUGUUACAGUGACAUGAUCUCUGUCAUUCUAAUAAAGAGAGCAAACAGUAUAUAACUAUUCCUAAUCACGAAGAGGCUCAUGUGUUGGUUUGAUUCCGUGUCUGUGGCCUAAAAGAAUGUUCUCAUUGUGUGUAAAACCUCAAUAGAAAGCUGUACAAUGGAACUCAAGCAUGUUUACAUAUCAAAGCCCCAGUCAGUAUGUUCUGGCUUUUUUGGUUUUCACAUUUCUCAUAGCAGACUGGCAGACACUGAUUGUGAUGAUGAUUUUUUUUUGUUUGUUUGUUUUUUUUGCACAUUAGUCCGGUUUUAUUUAGCUCUGAAUCCAUACAUCCUAACCGGGGCUUUAACAGACUCCAGAUUAUUUUAGCCAGUUGUCCAUUUGCCGAAAUCUCUUUAUAUGAAUGAGAUGUGUACAUUUAUUAUAAAGUAUACCAUGUAUUCAUCAUUAAUAGUGCAAAUUACAAGCUUUAGCUAGUGUACUUUUUGUUUUUUCAUCUGUAUUUCCAGUUAUUGAUGAUUAUCUCUGUAAGUACUGAUUGUUUUUUAAUAUCCAUUCUUUUUAUCAUUUAUUUGUACCUUGAAUAUUCACCUUGAUGGUUGUAUUUCUUCCCCGCACCCCCCAUGUUGACGUUUUCAGUAUUCAGUGUUAAGCCUUUUUUAUGUUUCCGCAUGGACUUCUCUGACAGUAAUUGUUAUUAACUGUUAACAAAUAUAUGACAUUGUUAUAUAUGUCUGGAAGUUAUUACAUUUCAUUUGUCUUGCAUUGUGGUCUCCAAGAUUUAAUUCAGUAUGCACAGACAAUACAGCGAGAUUUAAUUUAGAAAAUAUCAAUGUCAAGAACACUUUGUAUCUAUCUUGUUUAAUAAACUCAGACUGUUA